CCGUGUGCUUUGGCGUCACCGUGACGGCGCCGCCGCAAUAACAAGGCCAGAAGUGACUGAUGCCGAUGUCCAGGCCGGGCGUGUCUCAGAGGCCCGUGGCGCAUUGGAGAUUGGAUCGUUGUUUGGAGCCAAGUUCGGGGGGUGGGAGCUUGGUUGCUGGAGCACCAGCUUGCGAUAUCGAUUUUCAGCGGCGCUUAUUUUGGCUUCCCUCCCUGAGUCGAUUAACAAGAAAGAAGUCAGGGGCAAGUCAGUAGAGGAGAGGCCAGGGCUGCUGUUCUGCUUGCGGCGUGUCCCUUGGCAACUUGAUGCGUUCCCCAGGUUGCGGCGCCGCAAGAUGGGACAAAACGAUCCUUUAGUGCAAACUUGCACCGGUCGGUCCUACAAGAGGAUCUUCUCCACGGUGCUGGUGGCCACCCGAUCCGUCUUUUGCAUGCUCAAGGUUUGGGCCAUGAGUUUGUCAUUCCACAUUGAAAGCAAUUGCUUGCGUCAGGUGAAUAAACAGAUCAAGAAGUAUCAAGCGCGAUAUGAAAUCUCUGAACGAGCGGCCAUAAUCAAGAAGGGCAUCGAGCUCAGAUCGCGUAGUUUUAGCCUCAACAAUCAGUGCGUGAAUGUCAUUGAAGAUGCACCGCCCAGGUCUCAAAAGAAGCCACAGGGCCUGCGCGAGCCCACAGGAGCUGGGGAAGGGGGGCGGUAG